AAAAAUUAUAUUAAGGUCAAAUUAUAUAAUGAAUUUAAUAUAGACAAAUUUAUUUAAUCGUUAUUAUAAAAUUGAUCUUUCAUGAAGGACUGGUUGAAAUUCAUUGCAAAUUUAUCUUUGCAAAGGAAGCAUGAGCAAGAGUGUUCAAGGUUGUUGAUUUUCCAUUUCCAUUGACAUCUAACUGAAAUGCAUAUGAGAUCCAUUAGUUGUUCGUCUUCUCUUUUGUUAAUUGUUCCUGUCGCGAAUGACCAACUUUUGCUCAGAUCCACUCCCCGAGGAAUUCCGGAGCGACCCGAAGUUGGCCGCGGACACUCAAUCACCCACUGGAGUCAUGGAAUCAGAAACUGGGGAGUGGCUCAAGGUAAUCAGCAUUGAUUUGGCGGAUGAAAAGUGGAAGUUUGACCGGUUUUUGCGAGAUAGCGACGAAAAUCUCGGUUGGCUAGGUGAAGUGUUUUGGUUCGUUCCGGUCGGUUGGCUAGAUUACCCGGAUGUGCUCGUUUUUCAUCCUCCUCCCAAAAAUCGAAGUUGCAUCGUGUACAAGGUUCGUACGCGCGAAAUCGACUCGUUCGAGUUAUCGACAUGGGUUGGAAAUUAUACCUUUCGAUUCCACAAGAGUAGUCUGUUGUCAGUCGGCUGA